AUGGAAAUCCCGGAGGUGCUGCCCUUCUCCAUCGCUCCGAUUGCUGUCCUUGUCCCUGGGCUCCUUUUCCUGGCUGCUUGCCUGUACUUAUGGAAGCUUCGGUGGGACUUAAAGCGAGACAGAGACUGGGAGCUGCCUCUCCCACCAGGAUCCAUGGGGUUGCCACUGGUUGGAGAAACAUUCCACUGGCUCCUGCAGGGUUCUGAUUUUCAUGCCUCCCGGAGAAAAAAAUACGGAAACGUGUUCAGGACGCACUUGCUCGGGCAACCAGUGGUGCGAGUGACGGGAGCGGAACAUGUGCGACGGCUGCUGCUGUCAGAGCACAACCUGGUCAGUGCCCAGUGGCCACGAAGCACUCAAGAACUCCUUGGCCAGAGCAGCCUGGCAAACUCCAUAGGGGACAUCCACCGCUGCAAGAGGAAGGUCUACGCAAGAGUUUUCAGUCAUGAUGCUUUAGAAAGCUACCUGCCCCGAAUCAAGGAGGUGGUGGCGGAGACGAGGAGGAGCUGGAUUGCCAAGGGAGGACCAAUUUCCGUGUAUCCAGAGAGUAAAAGGCUCAUGUUCCGCAUUGCCGUGUCAGUGCUCCUGGGAUUCACUCCCACUCGGCAGGAGUUCAACGACCUCUUUGCUAACUUUGAGCAACUCGCUGACAACAUCUUUUCGCUGCCUCUGGAUGUCCCUGGCAGUGGCUAUAGAAAGGGUUUACAAGCUCGUGACAGACUGCAUCAAUACAUUGAGAAGGCCACUGAAUUCAAGUUACAGUCCGGUUCCUGCAAGGGGUAUUCAGAUGCCCUCAAUAUCCUAAUGGAGAGCAGAAAAGAACAUGACAUGGAGAUCAGUAUGCAAGAACUCAAGGAGGCCACAGUGGAGCUAAUGUUCGCUGCCUGCGCAUCUUCAGCCAGUGCCUCCACAUCUCUCAUCCUGCAGCUGAUGAAGAACCCGGGCGCCCUUGCCAAACUGAGACGAGAGCUGCAAGCCAACUGUGUGCCUGACGGUGACUUUCUGCAUCUCAGAGAGAUCUCCCGCAUGCACUACCUGGAUUGCGUGGUCCAGGAGGUGCUGAGGAUCCUGCCACCUGUGUCUGGUGGAUAUCGGAUAGCGCUCCAGACCUUUGAUCUGGGUGGUUAUCAGAUUCCAAAAGGAUGGAGCGUGCUUUACAGCAUCCGAGACACACACGAUACUGCUCCCAUAUUCCCAAAUCCUGAAAUUUUCAAUCCGGACAGAUUUGCUGAAGACCAAAUGAAGGGGAAAGGUGAACGCUUUCAGUACUUGCCUUUUGGCGGGGGAGUUAGAAGCUGUCUUGGUAAAGAGCUUGCCAAACUGACCAUCAAAGUCUUGGCCAUCGAGUUGGCCAGUACCAGUCACUGGGAACUAGCUACCAAAACAUGCCCCAGGAUGCUGACUGUGCCAGUCGUUCACCCAGAUGAUGGGCUAAAAGUCCAUUUUCAGAACAUGUUUACUAUUAAAAAUGUUAGCCUGUAA